CCUCAUAGAAGCCUGGGCAGAGGUGGCCCUCCUGUGCGUCACUUGUGCCCCACCCAGGAGGGGAGCUGGAAACGGAGGGAUGAAAGGUGCCAGGUUCCUGCCUUUGUCCUGGCCAGUGGUUGAGAGGACACAGUGGGAACUGACAAUGGAACAGCAGGGCCCAGCGGAGCGUCCUUACGGAGCUAAAACUGCCUCUUUCCAGGAUGCUGUGCGCAUGCUCAACACCCUACAGACCAAUGCUGGCUACCUGGAGCAGGUGAAGCGCCAAAGAGGUGAUCCCCAGGCACAGCUGGAAGCCAUGGAGCUGUACCUGGCACGGAGUGGGCUGCAGGUGGAGGACUUGGACCGGCUGAAUAUCAUCCAUGUCACUGGGACUAAGGGAAAGGGCUCUACCUGUGCCUUCACUGAGCAUAUCCUGCGUAACUAUGGCCUGAAAACAGGAUUCUUUAGCUCUCCCCACCUGGUGCAGGUACGAGAGCGGAUCCGCAUCAACGGGCAGCCCAUCAGCCCUGAGCUCUUCAGCAAGCACUUCUGGCACCUCUAUCACCGUCUGGAGGAAACCAAGGAUGGCAGCAGUGUCUCCAUGCCUGCCUACUUCCGCUUCCUUACCCUCAUGGCCUUCCACAUCUUCCUGCAAGAGAAGGUGGACCUGGCGGUGGUAGAAGUAGGCAUCGGUGGGGCUUAUGACUGCACCAACAUCAUCAGGAAGCCUGUGGUGUGUGGAGUGUCUUCUCUUGGUAUUGACCACACGAGUCUUCUGGGGGACACGAUGGAGAAGAUAGCGUGGCAGAAAGGGGGCAUCUUUAAGCGUGGCAUCCCUGCCUUCACUGUGCUCCAGCCGGAAGGUCCCCUGGCAGUGCUGAAGGAUCGAGCCCAGCAGAUCUCAUGUCCUCUCUACCUGUGUCCACCACUGGAAACCCUGGAGGAAGGGGGCGCUCCACUGGCCCUAGGCCUGGAGGGAGAGCACCAGCGUUCAAAUGCAGCUUUGGCCUUGCAGCUGGCCAAUUGCUGGCUGCAACGGCACCAUCAGCAGACCAUCCAGGAGCUGAAGGUAUCCAGACCAGGCAACCUGUGGCAGCUGCCCCUAGCACCUGUAUUCCAACCUACUUCCCAUAUGCGUCAUGGGCUUCGAGACACAGAGUGGCCAGGCCGGACACAGGUGCUGCGGCGUGGACCCCUCACUUGGUACCUGGAUGGUGCACACACCAGCAGUAGUGUGCAGGCCUGUGUGCGCUGGUUCAGACAGGCCCUGCAGAGGCAGGAGAGGCUCAGUGAUGGGCCUGAGGUGUGUGUCUUGCUUUUCAAUUCCACUGGGGACAGGGACUCUGCAGCUCUCCUGAAGCUGCUGCAGCCCUGCCGGUUUGACUAUGCUGUUUUCUGCCCUAACCUGACAGAGGUGUCAUCCACAGGCAACGCAGACCAGCAGAACUUCACUGUGACACUGGACCAGGUGCUGCUCCGCUGCUUCCAACAUCAGCAGCACUGGAGUUGUCUGGACAAGGAACAAAACAGCCCAGACAUCUGGAGUCCUUCGAACCCAGGGCUUGGCGGGCCUGCUUCUCUGCUACUGGCAUCUCACCCACCCCGCCCCUGCAAUACCAGCUCCCUUGUCUUCAGCUGCAUAUCACAUGCCUUACAGUGGAUCAGCCAAGGCCGGGACCCUGUCUUUCAGCCCCCCAGCCCCUCACGGAACCUCCUUACUCACCCCAUGGCCAGCAGCGGGGCCAACGUUCUCCGUGAAGCUGCUGCCAUCCAUGUGCUGGUCACUGGCAGCCUGCACUUGGUGGGUGGUGUCCUAAAGCUUCUGGACCCUUCCCUGUCCCAGUAGUCAAGACAGUGGGGCUGGAGGUGGGAGCCUCCAGCUGGCAUCCCUUUGUGAACUUAAUAUCAGAUGCCUUUUGA